GGUUCUGAGUAAUUAAGGCGCGUGAAUUAACAUUCUUUCUCCAUCUUCAACAAGUAACUUGGGGUGUAUUAUAUAUGCUCUACAUAUAUUCUCCUACCUUCUACGUAUCAUAUUGUCAAAAAGGCUUGCCAAACCUUUGAAUCUGGUAAUGGCUAGGAAUUGAUUUGAAGCAUAUGUAUUAUUUCUUUCUUUCUUUAUUGUUACUCUAGCAUCUUCUGUACAUAGAGAAACUAGGAAAUAGUAUAUAUAUGUACUACAAUUGCUACAUCAAGAUCAUCAAGAUCAAGAUCAUUAGAGAUAAAGAUGAGUGCGAGAAAUGCAGGCAGCUGCAUGGCAAUUGUAAGCAAGUUAUAUUGUGCCUCAUCUCAGGUACUACUUGUUGUUAGGGAAAGGCCUCAUGCAGUAAAUGGAGGAGGGUUUGUAGUCACAGACUGCAACCAAAAGGUUGUCUUUAGAGUUGAUGGGUGUGGAGUUCUUGGCAAACAAGGGGAGGUAAUGCUUCGUGACUCUGAUGGAGAUCCGUUGAUUCUUAUCCGUCGAAAGGAUGGGAUUGUUCAAGCACUAAGCAUUCAUACAAAAUGGAAAGGUUACAGUUUUGACUAUGAAGGAUCGCAGAGGUUGGUUUUCAGCUUGAAGGAGCCAAACUCAUGUUUGGUAAGGAACAACACAAUUAAGGUGUCCAUUGAACCCAGAAAAAACAAUAAAGACUGGGACUUUGAGAUCAAAGGUUAUUUCCCCGAUAGAGAUUGUAGUAUUGUUGACUAUUUGGGCAACAUUAUUGCUCAGAUUGGAGUGAGGAAGGAAGUCAAGGAGGUGAUGAGAAGAAGCAAGGAUCUGUAUCAUGUAGUGGUGAAAGCUGGCAUCGAUCAGGCUUUUGUUUUUGGAGUCAUUGCUGUUCUUGACUAUAUCUAUGCUGAAUCUACCAGAUGCUGAUCGUCUCUUACAUGCAGAGACUAGCUAACAAGAUUCUAAUUAAUUGAUUUAAGUUUUUGUCACAUUCGCCAGUGAACCAGAUGUAAAUUAUUAAUUUUAAGAAGGUUUUUGAAUGUGAAUUGGAAUGAACAAUAAAUAAAGGGUACUAGCUUGAUCA